AUGACGUCUCCAGCACUAUGCAGACAACUGCAAAAGUCAAUGGCUCAGGCUCUUCCACGAUCAGCCUUUGUCGAAGCGACUCGCAAGCCUAAGAACAGUCGGGCGACGGCAAGCGCUACGAAAUCCGGCUCGAUGAGCAGCUCUCUGAACAGCCAAAACUACACAAACGACAACGAACCACACGCCAUCCUCGUAACUGCGCUCAAAAAAGACGUGUGA